AUGUUGGCCGCCGUCUUCCCUGCGAUCUUUUCACUAGCAGUCGUAGUUCCACACGCCCCGGCUCGCGGACUCGCACCGCAAGCAGUCGUCGAGGCGCAGCUGACGGCGCUCCAGCGUGGCGACGUCAGGUGCUGCUUCUCUUUCGCAUCGCCCAACAACCGGAGAGCCACUGGGCCGUGGACCAAGUUCGAGCGGAUGGUGAAGCAGACGCCGGCGUACGCUCCUCUGGUCGGGUGUACGAGCUUUGAGAUCUUGUCGGUGCUGUCGGUGUCGCCGCGGAAGUGGCGGUGUCGCGUGCGCGUGCGGCCGGCCGGCAGCAGCAGUGCACCAUUUGCGGUGGCGGACCCGUUUGUCGACUACAGCUGGGAGCUCUCUCAACAGGGCGAACAAGCCGCCACCUUCAGCAUCGGUCAGGCGCUGCGACACCGAAAGUAUGAGUAUCGAGGUGUCAUCGUUGGCUACGACCUGGAGUGCACACAGAGUGAGGAGUGGAUGCAAAUGAUGAACGUCGAAGGGCUCACGCGCGGGCGCAUGCAGCCCUUUUACAAUGUGCUCGUCGAUGAGCGCGACCGCCCUGGCGCGCAGAUGUCAUACGUGGCAGAGGAAAACAUCGUUCCCGAUUCGCCGGUGAGCGAGCGGCUGCAGCACCCAGCGGCCGCGGAGCUCCUCCUGUCCUUGGACAAAGAGACGGGCACGUACACCGUGCGCGACGAGCUGGCGGCGCAGUACCACGCUGAAUCGGUCGCCGGGUGCUGGCUUGUCGACGGUGUCAUUCCGGACAGGCCCGCGGUCGAGUGA